CGGCGGCCGCACGGCGCCGCGCACGGCUGGGCGGGGCGGACCGCGCUUCCUCCGUGGCGGCGGCUGGGACGCCGCGGCUGGGCCCAAGAUGGACCUUCCGAAGCUGCUCGCCGCCCCGACCGCGCGCGGAGCUCAACAUGGCGGCGGCGGCGGCCCCGGCCGACUCCGCCGAGGCCCGGGGCCACCGCCCAGCCCGGGCCCUGCGCGCCGCCGCCUGCUACUGCUGCGGGGCUCCGAAGAUGGCGGGCCGGGGCCGCUGCGCGGGGAGGCCCCGGCGGCGUCGGCGGGCCCGGGGCCGAGCCCCCCGCCCCCCGAGGACGGUGGCGACUCUUUCGUGGUGCUUCUGGAAGUGGCGCGUGGCGGUGCGGCCGAGGACCCCGGGCGGCGGGAGGUGGGGUCCGGCGCUGGCGCGAGCCCAAUCACCCACUCCGAGCCGGGCCCCAGCUGCGCAGCCACCGCCCCCGGGUCCGGCGCGGCUCUCGCGGGCACCGUCACCAUUAACAGCCAGGACCUGCUGGUGCGCUUCGAUCACGGCGUCUUCACGCUGGCCGCCGCGCCGCCGCAGCCGGGCCAGCCUCCCCGAGGCCCGCCGGCGCCACCGGGCGAGGAGGUCACGAGCCCGGCCGAGGGCCGCCGGGGUCCCCAGGGUCCGGGCCCUAGUGCCCCGGGCUACCGCUGUCCCGAGCCGCAGUGCACGCUCUCCUUCGCCAAGAAGCACCAGCUCAAGGUGCACCUGCUGACGCACGGCGGCAGCCAGGGCCGGCGGCCCUUCAAGUGCCCGCUGGACGGCUGCGGCUGGGCCUUCACUACCUCCUACAAGCUCAAGCGGCACCUGCAGUCGCACGACAAGCUGCGGCCCUUCGGCUGCCCGGUGGGCGGCUGCGGCAAGAAGUUUACCACCGUGUACAACCUCAAGGCACACAUGAAGGGCCACGAGCAGGAGAACUUGUUCAAGUGCGAGGUGUGCUCCGAGCGCUUUCCCACGCACGCCAAACUCAGCUCCCACCAGCGCAGCCACUUCGAGCCGGAGAGGCCCUACAAGUGUGACUUUCCCGGCUGUGAGAAGACAUUCAUCACAGUGAGUGCUCUUUUUUCCCAUAACCGAGCUCACUUCAGGGAACAAGAACUCUUUUCUUGCUCCUUUCCUGGGUGCAGCAAACAAUAUGACAAAGCUUGUCGCCUGAAAAUUCACCUGAGAAGUCAUACAGGUGAAAGACCUUUUAUUUGUGACUCUGACAGUUGUGGCUGGACCUUUACCAGCAUGUCUAAACUCCUGCGACACAAAAGGAAACACGAUGAUGACCGGAGGUUUACUUGCCCCGUUGAAGGCUGUGGGAAGUCAUUCACCAGAGCAGAGCACCUGAAGGGCCAUAGCAUCACCCACCUGGGCACAAAGCCAUUCGAGUGUCCCGUGGAAGGGUGCUGUGCUAGAUUCUCUGCCCGUAGCAGCCUCUACAUUCACUCCAAGAAACACCUGCAGGACGUGGGUGCUCCGAAAAGCCGUUGCCCAGUGUCCAGCUGUAACAGACUCUUCACCUCCAAGCACAGCAUGAAGGCCCAUGUGGUCCGGCAGCAUAGCCGGCGCCCAGAUCUCUUCCCUCAGCUUGGAGCUCCGAGUUCUCUUACGCAUAGCAGUGAACUUAGCAGCCCAGGCCAAAGUGAGCUGAACAACCUAGACCUGGCAGCGCUCUUCUCUGACGCACCUGGUGAUGGUGGUAGUGCGGCAGGGGCCUCAGACGAGGCACUGAACUCUGGCAUCCUGACUAUUGAUGUUACUUCUGUGAGCGCCUCACUCGGAGGGAACCUUCCUGCUAAUAAUAGUUCCUUGGGGCCCAUGGACCCACUGGUGUUGGUGGCCCAUAGUGACAUUCCUCCAAGCCUGGAUAGCCCUCUCGUUCUUGGGACAGCAGCCACCGUUCUUCAACAAGGCAGCUUCGGUAUGGAUGACGUACAGACUGUAAACACAGGAGCUUUAGGCUGUUUGGUAGCUCUGCCUGUGAAGAACUUGAGUCCGGACCCACAGGCUUUGACCUCAGGUGGUCAUUUAACAGACACCAUCUCCACACUGACCUCUCCGAGUCCCCCACCUGGAGACACCGGUGGCCCAGAGCUGCUGGCUCCAAUCAAAGUGGAACCGGCCUCGCCUCCCAGCCCCAACACUGUAAGGCAGCAGGAACGGAGCCGAGGGGCGCCCAGGUCGGUGUUCUGCAGCCCUGCGGAAAAGCACAGUCCUCAGAAAGACACGGGGCUCAGUGCGGGGACCGGCAGCUUCUAUUUGCUGUGUGACGUUGGGCUGCCUCGAUUCUCUGAGCACAGAUGGUGUGUGGUGAAUGGGUUACAGGAAAGUGGGGGCUCAGCAAGAACUGAUUCCCGAGCCAUUCAACUAGCCAAGAAAAAAAAGCAGAAAGGAACUGGGAGCAAUGCAGGAAAUAUCCAGGGAUCUACGUCAAUGGACAUGUGCCAGCUGCUGCCCAGUGCUGAGCUGUGUAUUACUAAAUAUCGUUCAUGUCUGCCAGGAAAGCGGCACACUUGGUGCAUAUUUUUGCCCUGCCAGCUAUCUGAGCUCCACCGUGUCGGGGAUCUCCUGUGUGCCUGCAGCUCUUGGCGUUGCAGGAGCCUCAGGGUCCGCUCAGAGGAAAAUGAAAGGUGGCAAAGUCAGUCCUACUCACUUGCACACAAGCCAGCCUGGCUGGUUGUGUGGGAACCUUGUGGUGCCCAGUGGAGGUCAGCUAGCACCGGCUCCAGCAGCCGGAGUGCAGUGCGUUCAGCUCCAGCUACUGCAGGACGAGCCCUCAGGCGAAGCAGCCUCAUCGUCGGUUCUCAGCCCGCAGCCUUCUGCCCUCCACCCCCUGUUUGCUGUCGAUUUGCCCGUCUAUGUCCUCCAGGAGGUGCUUCCUGCAACUGGAGGGGCUGUCGGGCCUGAGGACAUGCAGAGUGUGGGGAGCACCAUUAACCUUCGGGACCUGCAGUGACCACGGCCCUUUGCCCCAGGGACCCAGGGGCCGCACCUCCAGCCUGUGGCCCUGAGACUCCGUUAGGUGGUCUUACAGGCCUGGGGGAGAUCCCACUAGGUUUCUGCUCAGGAGGCUCGCUGAGCUCCUCAGAGACUUUUGGGCACGCUUCUCAAAAAUGUUUUUUGUACGUUUUAUCAGGAACCAGUUUGGGGCAGUAUUCGUGGAAAUCGCCUUAUAGGAACAUGAGGCAAGGCUUGCCCUCAGGGCCAAGCAUAUGCUUUUCCCAGACUUGGCUGCACACCGAUGUCCCUUGUCCCAUUUGAGCGAAGCCAUGGAGCCCCUGCUGCAUGAGAAGAAACUUAGGCAGGAGGUAGGGUGGAAUACAGAUUCCCUAGUCAGAUAGGACUUCAUCUGUGGUAAAAGCAGAUGGGAUCUUUCACCUUCCGUGCUUCAGCAUUUGGCCUGAGAAAGAUCUAGAAACUCUUUCCCCUUUCUGAGAGCUAGCAGGCUGGUUCCCAUCCCCUGGGGUGGUGGCUGUGCUUGGGCUGAUUCUGUCAGCCCAAGGGGCAGAAGUGGUCCCGUUGUCACAGUGAAGCCAAAUUCGAAUCCCUGUUUUGGCAGAGCAGGCGGGGGAGUUCGUGUGAGGGGGAAGGAGAUGGGGGUGAAGAGGAGCACACUGGGGCCCUGUUAGCGACCCCUCUGCAUGGAGGCCAAAUGUAAAGCUCCUAAUUUGGAGAUGUAAACUUUACGUUUUUCUGAAUUCUGUAUUUGGGUAUUCAUGUUUAAUACUAAUUUGUCCAUGGUUUCUAAAGUCACGGUCUGAGUCCUGAACAUGAUGUGUGGGGCAGUGAGAACAUGUGUCUGCUUGUCCAGGCUGUACACGUGCAUGUUCUGUGUGGCCGUGCAUUUUUACGGAGUGCAGUCUGUCUUGCACAGGAGGCGAGCCGAUAACCUUGCACAUAUUUAUUUGUUUGUUAGUGGGACUGUCCAUGGGGUCACUCAGAAAUGCUGUUUUUCGCCGUGUGCCUUUGAGGCUUAUAUUAAUCCAAAAACUGUUUUGGUUCUUGAAUUUGGAAUUGUCCAAACUCUGCCUAUUCUUUGUUUCUUCAUUUCUUGAGUUUUUGGCCUUGGGCUUUUGGGAAUGACCCCAGCAUUUGGUGGUGAGUCCUAUCUCUGUCCUCCUCCUCUGACGUGCUGUCUCUCCAGGUGCUUCUCCACCCAGGGAGAACUCGGGCCCUGUCAGAAAUGGUUUUUACCCACAGAACUCUGUGCUGUGUCACAGACUAAAGUUUUGUCCGCCUGGCCUCUCAGCCUCCAAGUCAGCAGCAGCCCCCUCCCUCCAUGAGGAGCCAGCCUGCCUGCCAGGGUGGUCUUGGGGGCUGGGUCGCCUAGUGGCCGCACUGCCCUGUCCUUCUGUUGGGAGGAAGGGCCAGGCCAUGGGAAUGCUCUCACUGGGCUGGGUGGUUGGAACAUUCCCCAGAACAUUCUCCCGGGAAUGUCCACCACUGAUAAGACUGAUACUGGCUGUCAGUUUUUUGGGCACGGAGUUCUGUGGUGACCAUGGGCCCAACUUCUAGUACAAAUGAAUAAAAAUUUUUGUACAGUCAUGUA